UGAAAUAAAAUAAAAAUAACGAAAUAAAAGAAAACUCCCACCUAAAUCUCCCACUCUCUUCAUCAAACACUCUCACUACUGUCUCACAGUUUUCAAGAAACCCAGCCAAAAUCAAGAAACCAACCAAAAUCAAUCAAUGUCUCAGACUCCGGCGGCGGAGAGGAGUACUCCGGCAUCGCCGGAGAGAGCGAAAGCGUCGAGGUCGUUAGCGAUCCGAUCGUCGAUCGCCGACUCGCUACGCGCGUGCGGUCUGAUCUCGGCGUCGACGAUCGAUCGCGAGGAUCUAAGGCGCCGGAUCACGAUCCCGGAGUAUUUGAGGAAGGCGAUGAAGGACGCGGCGACGCAGAAGACGCCGGUGGCGACGGCGAGAAAGUCCUUCCCGCUGAAGGAGAUCGGCCAGGGGAUUCCCGAGGCUCCGAUCGUCGUCUUCGUCAACUCGAAGAGUGGAGGGAGACGAGGGUUGGAGAUUGGGGAGAGGCUUCGAGAGCUCAUGGGAGAAGAGCAGAUUUUUCAUCUCUCGCAUGUGAAUCCUAUCGAGUUUGUUCACUUCAGCUUAGCCGUCUUGGAGCAGUUGGCUGAACUCGGUGACAAUUGUGCACGGGGUGUUCGUCAGAAGUUGAGGGUUGUGGUUGCAGGCGGUGAUGGUACUGUUGGUUGGGUAUUAGGAAGUCUUGGAGAACUUUUCGAGCUUGGAGGCCCAGUUCCUCCAGUUGCUAUUAUUCCACUUGGCACAGGCAAUGAUCUAUCACGGAGUUUUGGCUGGGGAGGUUCAUUUCCUUUUGCGUGGAGAUCUGCUGUGAAACGAUCUCUCCACAAGGCAACUAAUGGUCCUAUUUGCCAUCUUGACAGUUGGCAUGUCUUGGUCUCAAUGCCAGUGGGGGAAAAGCUUGAGCUGCCACUCUCUCUCAGGAACAUGGGAGAAUGCACUCUAAGCGAGGAUAUUACUAGUGAAGUUACAGUUCCUGAGAAGAAUUUAUGCGUUGAAGGUGUCUUCUACAAUUACUUUAGCAUAGGAAUGGAUGCUCAAGUUGCUUAUGGUUUCCACCACCUUCGUAAUACAAAGCCUUACAUCGCCCAAGGACCGAUUUCAAACAAGUUGAUAUAUGCUGGAUAUAGUUGUACACAGGGAUGGUUCUGCACACCUUGCGUAGGUAGUCCAGGUUUGAGGGGACUCAAGAAUAUUCUACGGCUUCACAUUAAAAGGUUCAUUCUUUCAGAUUGGGAGCAGAUUCCAGUUCCUUCAGAUGUUAGGUCAUUAGUGGCAUUGAAUCUGCACAAUUAUGGUAGCGGAAGGAAUCCAUGGGGUCAUCCAGAGCCUGCAUAUCUUGAAAAGAAGCACUUUGCUGAGGCCCGUGCAGAUGAUGGUCUGCUUGAAAUUUUUGGCCUUAAGCAAGGGUGGCAUGCCUCAUUUGUUAUGGUUGAACUCAUUGAUGCUAAACACAUUGCUCAGGCUGCUGCAAUUAGGUUAGAGAUCAGAGGCGGGGAGUGGAAAAAUGCGUACAUGCAAAUGGAUGGUGAGCCAUGGAAACAGGCCAUCAACAAUGAGUUUUCCACCAUCAUCGAUAUAAAAAGAGUACCUCAUCACUCUCUCAUUAUAAGUGGAGAGUAAUUCCUUAGCAAACUCAAUAUUGAAUUGAAUUACACUGUACAGAGUGAAAAGUUUGAUGAUUCUUUCUAGCUGUAAAUUGAUUGGCAGAGUGAGAGUACCUAUGUGCAUGUAGAUGGCUUAAGCAGUGUACAGCGUAUGUACAGUAUAUAGCAUCAUGAUUGUUUUUGCUGGAC